UAAUAAUAAUAAUAUUAGGGUUUUUCAACUGUUGCUGAUCAUUCAGUAUCACAUACCUACACUUUCCUUUCCGCCUCUCUUGCACGAUCUCUUCCGAUUUCUUAGGUUGUCGAAAUGGUAAGAAAGAGGAGAACAGAUGGUGCCAGCGGAGGUGAAAGCUCUGAGCCCCAGGAGGCUGGUACUGGACAAGCUAGUGGUGCUGCUCAAAGGCCACCCGCACAACAGCAACCACAGCAACAAAUGGGUGGUGGUUAUCAGGGACGGGGACAAGGUGGCUAUCAAGGAAGAGGGCAGCAGGGUGGUGGCUAUCAAGGAAGAGGGCAGCAGGGUGGUGGCUAUCAAGGAAGAGGGCAGCAGGGUGGUGGUUAUCAAGGAGGACAAGGGGGUUAUCAAGGUGGAGGACAGCCUCAAGGAGGAAGAGGUUAUGUUCAGAGGGGUGGUUAUGGUGGUGGUGGUGGUAGAGGGCCACAACGUGGUGGUGGUCCCCAGCAGUAUUAUGGCGGACCUCAUGACCAACCACAACAAGGUCAACAACCAAGGCCUCCAAGAGAAACUGCUCCACCUCAACAUCGUGGUGGAUCUUCGUAUGCUGGUGGACCUUCUAGGCCAUCAGUUCCCGAGCUGUACCAAGCAACGCAAGCUCCUCAGCAGCCUGUGGCAACAUUGCAGCCUGUUGUUCAAGCAGAGUCUUCGUCUUCAACAGAACAGAUGGUAGACGAGUCAAUGGAUCAGUUUAAGCAGCUCUCGCUGCAGCAAGAAGAGCCUAUUCAGGGCGCACCUGCAUCCAGCAAAUCAUUGAGGUUUCCUUUGCGUCCAGGAAAGGGUAGUACUGGAACCAGGUGCAUGGUGAAGGCUAACCACUUCUUUGCUGAACUGCCUGAUAAGGAUUUACACCAGUAUGACGUGACAAUCAAUCCAGAGGUGACAUCACGCGGUGUUAAUCGUGCUGUAAUGGCACAGUUGGUGACAUUGUACAGGGACUCUCAUCUUGGGAAGAGGCUUCCUGCAUAUGAUGGAAGAAAGAGUUUGUAUACUGCUGGUCCUCUUCCCUUUGUUUCCAAAGAGUUCAAAAUCACUCUUCUAGACGAAGAUGAUGGCGCAGGCGGCACCAGGAGAGAAAGAGACUUUAAAGUUGUGAUCAAACUAGCUUCUCGUGCUGAUCUGCAUCACUUGGAAAUGUUUUUAGCAGGGAGACAAGCAGAUGCUCCACAAGAAGCGCUUCAGGUUCUGGAUAUUGUUUUAAGGGAGUUGCCCACUAAUCGGUAUUCUCCAGUGGGACGGUCAUUCUAUUCUCCUCAUUUAGGUCGUAGGCAACCACUCGGUGAAGGGUUGGAAAGCUGGCGUGGGUUUUAUCAGAGCAUACGACCUACACAGAUGGGGCUGUCCCUAAAUAUCGAUAUGUCUUCCACUGCGUUCAUUGAGCCAUUGCCCGUGAUUGAGUUCGUCGCGCAGCUUCUAAAUAGGGAAGUUUCGGCAAGACCACUAUCUGAUGCUGACCGUGUGAAGAUCAAAAAGGCACUGAGAGGGGUCAAGGUUGAAGUUACUCACCGGGGAAAUAUGCGUAGGAAGUAUCGGAUAUCUGGUUUGACAUCUCAGGCUACGCGGGAAUUAAACUUUCCAGUUGAUGACAGAGGUACAAUGAAAUCGGUAGUUGAAUACUUCCGGGAGACUUAUGGCUUUUCAAUCAAACAUGUACAAUGGCCGUGCUUGCAAGUCGGGAAUACUCAGAGACCCAAUUAUUUGCCUAUGGAGGUCUGCAAGAUCGUGGAGGGCCAGAGGUAUUCGAAGAGGCUAAAUGAGCGACAAAUUACUGCCCUUCUUAAGGUCACAUGUCAACGCCCUCAGGAAAGAGAGGGUGAUAUUCUCAAGACUGUCAGGCACAAUGCUUACGGACAGGAUCCUUAUGCAAAGGAGUUUGGGAUAAAAAUUAGCACAAACCUAGCCUCUGUCGAAGCACGAAUAUUGCCUCCUCCCCGGCUUAAGUAUCACGAUACGGGUCGUGAAAGGGACUGUCUGCCUCAAGUUGGUCAAUGGAAUAUGAUGAACAAGAAAAUGGUUAAUGGUGGAACAGUUGCCAACUGGAUCUGCAUAAACUUUGCGCAGAACGUGCAAGAUAAUAUUGCGCGUGCUUUUUGUUCAGAGCUGGCACAAAUGUGUAAUACUUCUGGCAUGUCAUAUAAUCCUGAGCCUGUGCUUCCUGCCUUUAGUGGUCGUUCUAAUCAGGUCGAGAGAGUUUUGAAAGCCCGAUUUCAUGAAGCCAUGACUAAACUUCAGACCACCAACAAGAAGGAACUUGAUUUGCUCAUCGUCAUUCUGCCAGACAACAAUGGCACACUUUAUGGUGACUUGAAGAGGAUCUGCGAGACUGAUCUUGGCAUCGUUUCUCAGUGCUGUCUAACAAAGCAUGUCUUUAGGAUGAGUAAGCAGUACCUUGCCAACGUGGCAUUAAAAAUAAAUGUCAAGGUUGGUGGAAGGAAUACUGUUCUAGUUGAUGCAUUGUCGAGGAGAAUUCCUAAUGUCAGUGAUGUUCCCACAAUCAUUUUUGGUGCUGAUGUCACUCAUCCACACCCUGGAGAAGAUACAAGCCCUUCGAUUGCAGCUGUUGUAGCUUCUCAAGAUUGGCCCGAGAUUACCAAGUAUGCGGGGUUGGUUUGUGCACAAACUCACCGCCAAGAACUCAUUCAAGAUCUAUAUAAGGAAUGGGAAGAUCCGAAUAGAGGCAAAGUGUCGGGUGGCAUGAUAAAGGAACUCCUUGUAUCUUUCCGUCGAGCAACUGGGCGAAAACCAGAGCGUAUUAUCUUCUACAGGGAUGGUGUGAGUGAAGGACAGUUUUACCAAGUCCUACUGUAUGAACUUGAUGCAAUUCGUAAGGCUUGUGCUUCAUUGGAACCUAAUUAUCAGCCUCCAGUCACAUUUGUUGUGGUUCAAAAACGGCAUCACACUAGAUUGUUUGCUAACAACCACAAUGAUCGUAAUUCUGUGGACAGGAGUGGAAAUAUACUGCCAGGCACAGUAGUUGAUUCCAAGAUUUGCCAUCCUACAGAGUUUGAUUUUUAUUUAUGUAGCCAUGCUGGCAUUCAGGGUACAAGUCGUCCUGCCCAUUACCAUGUUUUAUGGGAUGAGAACAAGUUUUCAGCUGAUGACCUGCAAUCACUCACAAAUAAUCUCUGCUACACUUAUGCAAGGUGUACACGCUCUGUGUCUAUUGUACCCCCAGCAUAUUAUGCGCAUCUGGCUGCUUUCCGAGCAAGGUUUUACAUGGAACCAGAUACAUCUGACAGUGGGUCCAUGAUCAGUGGUGCUGCUGGACGUGGUAUGGGAGCAGGUGGUAGAAACACUCGUGUGCCAGGCACAAAUGCAGCUGUUAGACCUCUCCCUCCCCUCAGGGAAAAUGUGAAGCGGGUUAUGUUCUAUUGCUAGAUCAACACUCUGGUAUUAUUUAUCUGGUAUAUUGGGACAUGUUUGUUUUAUUGCCACUUCUGUGCUUGAAUAUAUGUACUGUAUUGUGGCAUUUGUCUAGUAACGACUUAAACCAGCGAAGAUGUUAUUGUUUGAAGGAAAUAUGUAUUGUGAUUUGUGAUUUAAUAAUGUUUGAUGCUAUUCUACUCA